AUGGCACGCAAACCCGGGUCGUUUGCCGUGCACACCGCCCUGCUCUUCGAUCCCAAGCAAAAAGCCUGGCUACGGAAUGUUUCCAUCGAGAUCAACCCCACGACCGGCGCCAUCGCCCGCGUCGUCACCCGAAGCAGUCCCGACCUCCCUUCACCCCUCCCACCGCAGGACAUCGACCUCCGCAACAAAGUAGUUCUUCCCGGCUUCGUAGACAGCCACACGCACAUCUUUUUACAUGCCUAUGCCGAACGACCCGCGACGCAACAAAUGCGGGACCAAUCCCUGGUCGAACGCACCGUGCGGGCCGCCAACCACGCGCGCGCCGCCCUGUUGGCCGGGUACACGACGUACCGGGACCUGGGCACGGAGGCGCUGGGCAACGCCGACGCCAACCUGCGGGACUGCAUCAACCGAGGUUUAAUCCCCGGGCCAAGGCUCUUUGUGGCCACCGAGGCCCUGGCCAGCAGCGGGUCGUACGAGAUACGCGUCGAGAACAAGGUUGGGUUGGGGUUAACUGUUCCUCGGGCGGCUGACGCAUGCGACGGGGUCAGCGGGGUCAGGGCCGCGGUGCGUCGUCGUGUUGGGGAUGGGGCAGAUGUUAUCAAGUUCUACGCCGAUUACCGGAGGAAGGUGAUGCGCUGGCCGAAUGAUAUCGAGUCUGGCGACGGGCCGGGGAAUAGAAUUCUGUUUCCGCCUGAUAACAAGAAGGCUAGGAACCCGGCCGUGCCACUCUUCUCGCAGGAGGAGAUGAACGCCAUUGUCGGCGAGGCGGCGCUCGCCCAGUUACCGGUGGCCGCGCAUGCUGGGGAGACCAGGGCGGCGCUGAUGGCGUCGAUGGCCGGGGUUAACACCAUUGAGCAUAUCUUUGAGGACACGGGUGGGCUUCUGGACCGGCUGUUUGAGGAGAUGAAGGAGCGAGGGACGGUGUGGGUGCCGACGUUGGCAACGGCCGAGAUCGCCACUACGGACGAGAUUUAUCGGUGGUGCAAGGCCGCGGUUAAGAAGGCGCAUGAUCAGGGCGUGCUGCUGGCUGCGGGAGGGGAUACAGGGACUUUCAACCAUGGGUUGAACGCGAGGGAGAUGGAGAUUAUGGUAGAGUCGGGGAUACCCGUUGAGGAUGCCCUGGUUGCGGGCACCAUUCGAGGGUGGGCAGCAUGUGGCAAGGACCAGUGCGGUUUUAGGUUUGGAUGGUUUGAGGAGGGCAACCGGGCGGAUAUCAUUGCCCUGGAUACGGACCCGAGAGAAGAUGCGAGGGCAUUGCGGAGGGUUAGUUUCGUCAUGAAGGACGGCCGGGUAUGGAAGCGAGACGGAAUGCCCGUUGAUAUGAUAUCCGUCCCUCAGUGGCCGGCCGAGGAGGAGGACUUGAGUAGAGACGGCUCAUCGAGCCAGGGGUGGUUUGAAGUUCCGAGUUGA